CUUUCCAAUCUGAGGACUAAAGGAGGACAGGAGCCGAAUCCAGGAGGGAGAGCCCUAGUCGCUGCCGUCUGUUCGGAAAGGAAGAAAAGGAAGCCGAAGACGUAGACAGAUGUCUCGACGGGAAGGUCGGGAAUACGAUGCCAAACGUCUCCCUUCCAAGCGUGAAAGAGAACUCAGAUUUUCUUUUGCUCUCAGUCCAAAGAGAACAAGAAGAGAUGGAAAACCACUGCCAGAGAGAACACCCAACAACCAUAAUUUGGAUCUUGUAGAUCAUCCAAGUUGGGAUCAAAAGCAUCGCAGGCAGUUGAAGGAUGCCUUACCACUUGAAGCUCCACCCACUAAGGUUGGGACUGAUAUAACAGACAAAGAAAUGGGUCUGAAGACCAAUGGACUGCAAGAUGGCGCCAAACAUCUCUCUGAUCCAACUGUAGUACCCCGGUCUCGUUCCUUUUUUCAGGUUUUGUUUCAGUUCAUGGAAAAUGUACUGUUGCACGAUGAGCGUGGUAGUGCUGGGCAAAGUGGUCGAAGACUCGUUCGCAGAGCAGCUGCUGACCAUGGAUGGUGGAGUGAUCCAAAGGAUCAGUCUGAUGGCAGGAUGAAUGACAAAAUGGAGCCAAAUGGCAUACAUCAAAGAGAUGGGAGAACCCAGGCUAAUGUAGACAAGAACAAUGUUUGGCGCCAUGAUGGGUUCUUUGAGUUAGAGGCGGAGCCAUCAGCCCCUUCAAAGAAAAGGCCUGCAUUUAGGGAGAAGAAGAUGCCACCAGACUCUGACACUGCAGGCAGUGUAAAAGGAACGGAAUCUGUUAAACAGGAUGUUGUUGAUCGUAUGGUGUCUGGUGGUGAACGAAAAGAGGAAAGAGGGGGGCUCUCUCGUCGUGAUGUGGACAGGACUGAGAGGUCACGCCCAGGAGAUUUAGAACCAAUCCACAGGGGUGAAAGGAGUGUCCCUCCCUCAAGGGAAAGGUUCCGAGGCAGUGGUAGCUUUAGGGGAAGAGACAAGUUCAGUGGAUGGCAUGGAGAAAAGAACCAGUACCAUUCGAGUAGUUUCCGGGCGGAGAAGUGGAAGCAUGAUCUAUUUGAUGAAGCCAAUAGGAGCCCAACUCCAAAGAAUGAAGAGGAACAGAUUGCAAAGGUUGAAGCACUCUUGGCCCUGUAGAAAAUUAGUUGCCCAGUAGGUUCUUAAUUCGGAGAUGCUAAUUGUUAUUGCUCAA